GAGCAUGUAGGGGAUUAGAGGUGGCAGUAUAUAAGACGACCAGAGACGCAGACCAGCAAGACACCAACUGACCAGAGACACGUCAGCCUGAAGCAAAGCGUGCUGCUACACAAACAGAGCAUAAAAGAUGGCAGACGCAGGGGUUGCAGCUCCCGCCGACAAGAAGGCACCUCCCAAGUUCAAGCAGAGGGCUGCUCGUACCUUCAAGAGCAAGGCCCCUAAACCAGGCCAGAAGGGAUUCGGAGAUGACAUCCCCGGCAUGGAGGGCCUUGGCACUGACAUCACAGUGGUCUGCCCAUGGGAAGCCUUCGGGGACAUGGAGCUUAGUGACCUGGCGAAAUAUGGAAUUCUCUAGAAACCUCCCUGCACCAGUCUUCCUCCUCCUCCUUUUUCCAUCUCACCUUGUUCUCCUUCGCCUCCCCAUGUACCUGACCUGAUGUCUGUUGUUGAGCUCGGCCCUCAUGUGUUUUGGAAAUGCUGCUUGUAAAUUGGAGCCCAAAGCUGAUCCAAAAUGUGCUAACAAUGGCACAUGCAAUAUUAAAAAAAAGUCAUAUAUUGUAACUUUAUUUAUGGAUGCUUCACUGAAGUGUCCAUACUUCACACUGUUACUCCCA